AUGGAAGACCCUCAAGAUAAGAUCGUCACUUUGGCGGACGGAAGAAACGUGGCCUACACGAUUUACGGCACGGAUAAUCCCGCUGCACCUGCAAUGUUUUACUUCCACGGUUUCCCAGGGUCCCAUCACGAAGGCUACCUGACACACAGCGCGGCUCUUAAGAACGGUCUACGCGUCGUUGCGCCUUCACGGCCAGGAUACAGCGACUCGACAUUCCAAGACAACAGAUCCAUUCUCGACUAUCCCAAAGAUAUCCUCGAACUGGCAGAUCUUCUCUCAGUACAGCGCUUCACCAUCCUUGGAGUCUCGGGCGGUGGUCCGUAUGCAAUCGCGUGUCUGAAAGAAAUACCUCGUGAAAGACUCGUUGGUAUAGGCACGGUAGCUGGAUGCAUGCCCCUGUCAUUUUCAACACAGGGAAUGCUUGCCAUGACUCGUAUCAUGUUCAAUAUCGCGCCGUAUGCCACUGGCCCUCUGGGAUGGCUGGUAGAUAAAUUACUAGGGACCACGGCGCGCGACACGGCACAUCCGGAGAAAUUGGAGGAUAUGAUGGAUAAGGAUAUGACCGCGAGAUCACCGAGCGAUGCAGAAAUCUGGACGAAUCAUCCUGAUUUGAGGCGAUCUCUUCUACGAUCUACAAGGGAGGCUAUGAAACAAGGUGGGUAUGCGACGGCAUGGGAAGCGAGAUUGUUUGGGAGUGAUUGGGGUUUCAAGUUGGAGGAUGUCAAAGUUAAAAAGGGCGAGAUGAUACUUUGGCAUGGCGAUCAGGAUAUUAAUGUUCCGCUGAGGGUGAGUGAGAAGGCUGUUGAGUUGAUACCUCAGGCGGAGUUGAGGGUUUUGAAGGGGGAGAGUCAUAUGAGCUUGAUCACAAAGGUCGAUGAGUUUGUGGUGGAGAUGAAGGAGAUACUGGAGAGAUGA